UUAGAUAUAUAUCCAACACAAACCCUCGAUUUCCUCUCAGCUACAGACAAUCUGAGAAUUCGCAUCAUCGGAGGAGAAAAAUCGCCAUGGACGCCAUUGAUUCCGUCGUCGACCCGCUCAGGGACUUCGCCAAGGACAGUGUUCGCCUCGUCAAGCGCUGCCACAAGCCAGAUCGCAAAGAGUUCACGAAGGUGGCGAUCCGUACAGCGAUCGGGUUUGUGGUGAUGGGAUUCGUCGGCUUCUUUGUCAAGCUGAUCUUCAUCCCGAUCAACAACAUUAUCGUCGGUUCCGGUUAGUGACUUGCAGAUAACAAGAGAAGAUGAGAGAGAGCACUUUGGAGAAACUUAGUCACAGCCUUUUUUGUUGUUUUACAGUAGAAAGGUGUUUUGUUGCUUGAUGGUUUCCGUCAAUUCUAAUCAUUUUGAGGGGUUCUUUUGGGAUACUCGUUUGAACAAUCAGAAAGCAGCCCCCUUUCCCAUAUUUCCCCAAUUUUUAUAGUCUUA